UCUCCUAGAAAAUAAAACAAAAAAUUAUUAUUACAAUAAAAUGAAUGAAUGGAUACAAAAAUGAAAUAAAACAAAGAAAAAAAAAAGAUUUCGCAAAUCUAGAACCAUUGCUCUUCAAAAUACUGAAAUCGGUAGCCUACAAUGUCAGUUCCAGUGUUGGAAAAUAUCACAGUAAUAUCAAAGUAAUUCCUUAAAUGGCAAACCGGCUUAUAUGCUUUUUAUUUUGGUUUGAAAGUCCCAAUACAGUUUUAUUUGUAACGUUUGAAAAACGUGUUUCACUCCUUUUUAAAUUAUUGUUUUUGAAAAGGACUUUGUAUUUUAAAGUGUCCACAUCACAAUUCGAGAUCAUGUCCAAAGGGAAAGCACUAUAAAUCGAAAUCGCCCGUUUAGUAUAAACCAUUUUCGUUAAGAACAUAAUAUUUUAUUUGAGGGUGCAGAUGCUUUUUUUGUGUGUGCUGAGCUGCACUAACUGUAACUUUUUUUCACAGUGUAUUACUUUUUAAAGGGAAACAUGAUAAAAACCCACAAUACAUAUAUACACAGUAACCCGAAGGAGCUUCCUUAUAAAAAUUGCGUUGUGAUGUAGGGCUUUGUUGGAGUUCCUGCCUCAAUCAGAACAAUCUGGUAUAGAGAUCACGUGAACAAAUAUGCUUGUAUUUUAAGGCAGCGCCUUUAUUUGUCAUUAUAAAAGGUUUCCGAUACAGUACCAAAAUCAUAAUUUGUGACAUUAAAAAGUAUACCUGGUGCUGUAAACUCCGUUUAUCCCUAAGUGGUUGAUUGCACGCAAUAUUUUAGAACAAGGGUACAAAACUGCAUUCGCUUUUUUAUUGGUAGUUGGGUCUGAGUCUCUUUCCAUUCUAUCGGGAAUACUGUCUGCAUUGGUAUAUGGAAAUGUCUGUAAAACCGCAAGAUCGGGUUUAGGACAGUAUUGUCUGCAGACAAAGGGUGAAGGAUAUAUUCUAGAGACUGCAGGCGAAGAAAUUGAGACUGAGAAGCACAGGUUUAUGAUAAAUUGAUACACAGGGCCAAGUUGGUGGGAUCCCAGUAAUGAGAGAACUUUGAAAAAGAAAAAGAACCCCCCCCUCUACAAUAAGCAAUUCUGGGGUAAGAGUUGAUGCGUUAAGAAGUCAGAAGCACAACAAAGACUGGAAGAUUCUCCCCACGUGACAUAAAACAGUCAAUGCUAUUGGAUAAGGCCCUAUCCCUUUGAGAAAACACAAUGCAGAAAGCCGCCUACUAUGACAAUUCUGGACUUUUUGGGGGCUAUUCUUACACUAAAUCUGAUGCAUACAGUUACAAUUCUACACACCAACCGUACCCACCAUCCGCUAUUGAGAACGAUUUUCAGAGUUCGGUAUGUACCGGCACUAUACAAACACCAACUAUUAGACCCCCCAGCCACAAAUCCAGUGACAUAAAUGGCAGCUGCAUGCGAACAAGUGGCAGCCAGGGUAGUAGCCAACCAGCUAACAUCAGUGAACAGCAGCAAGCACCUCCUCUGCCAGCAUCUUCUCCUAACUCAAGUAGUACUUCAACACAGAAAAAAAAGUCUGCCUCCAACUCUUCAGUCAACUCUACCACCCCGGUUAUUACAAAGCAAAUAUUCCCGUGGAUGAAGGAGUCCCGACAAAACUCAAAACAGAAAAGUAACUGCACCGCUGCACAAGCAGGGGAUACUUGUGAUGACAAAAGUCCACAAGGGCCAGCAUCAAAGAGAGUCCGUACUGCCUAUACCAGCGCCCAGCUUGUAGAACUGGAGAAGGAGUUCCAUUUUAACCGCUAUCUGUGUCGUCCCCGCAGAGUCGAGAUGGCCAAUUUAUUGAACCUCACAGAGCGUCAAAUAAAGAUCUGGUUUCAAAACAGGAGGAUGAAGUACAAAAAAGAUCAGAAAGCCAAGGGGAUAAUGCACUCUCCCAUUGGACAAUCCCCAGACAGAAGCCCGCCAUUAAGUGGCCCAAAUCAUAUUGGAUAUUCAAGCCAGAUCCCAAAUGUAAACAGUCUUAACUAUGAUGCUCAUUCCCCAACAUCAUUCGCUAAGCCACAUCAAAAUAUGUAUGGCUUGGCAGCUUAUACAGCACCAUUAGGUAGCUGCCUCCCACAGCAGAAGAGGUACCCAGGAUCAGAAUAUGAACAUCAUACCAUGCAAGGCAAUGGGGGCUUUGCCAAUCCUAAUUUGCAAGGCAGCCCUGUGUAUGUUGGAGGGAAUUUUGUUGAUUCUAUGCCAGCCUCGGGUCCUAUGUUCAACCUUGGCCAUCUCCCUCAUCCUUCAUCCGCUAGCGUGGACUACAGCUGCGCUGCUCAGAUCCCUGGUAACCACCACCACGGACCUUGUGACCCCCAUCCUACAUAUACAGAUCUGACUUCUCAUCACACAUCUCAGGGAAGGAUUCAGGAAGCACCUAAACUUACGCAUCUGUAGUGGAGUGUCAUUGUUGUGAAACGGCGUCCUCGCUUUGUAUUACCUCACUAUAAUAUGAAGUACUUUUUAAUUAAGCUCAUAGAGAAAGGACUGUAUUAGUAUUACAUUUUCUAACAGCUGUGUUCCUUUUUGAGACUAAUCGGCACCAGUUAAGGGAUAUUCUUGACAGCUGUUUUGCAUAUUGAAGUGCAAUGCACAAUGUAAACUUAAGGACUGAACAUUUGAUAACGUUUUACUUGAAGGUAAGUCCUGUAGAUAUGUCAGUAUUAGCAACCCGAUAUAAUGGGCUGUUUUUGUACAAAAAAAACUCUAUUACGUGAUGUUUUUGUCUGCAUUUGGUCUCACUUCGAAGAGCUUAAUUUGUGUAUUUUUUUCAAGAAUGUAUGAAAUGCAUUAAACUCGAUUAUAUAUGUAUUUAUUAUUUUAAACAAGAAAUUAUGUACCACGUAUUAUUUAUAUUCGUCUUAGUGUAUUUAUGUGAACAUUUGUAGAACUUAUGCAACAUGCCUUGGACAGAUUAAUUAAUGUCCUUUGCCAUUAUAUUCCUCUUCUUUAGUGAAAUGGUUUGAAAUAGGUGAGAGAAUAGUUUAAAGCAAUUGUAAAAGUGGCUGGUGUUUGUAGUUUAUGUAAGGGUUAAUUCUGGCAGCAAUCUGUAAGUCAUUAUUAUAGUAAAACUGAAAUGUGACAUUACACAAUAGACUAUGUUCAUUUGUUUUAAUACAUUAUAUAAAUUGUCUGGUACUAUUUGAAAACAUACUUAGAAUUUGUCUCUGAACUGGUCCUUUCUUUUUUAAAGUAUGCAGUACACCAGCAUGUCAUUUUACAUGUCUCUGUAAAAGUUACCUCAGAUUAAUUUGUUACUUUAUGAAGUAUACUUUUAAUGCAUACAUCGAUUGAACACCCUAAUGAUAAUGUUCUAUUUUAAUGUGUUAAGCC